GGUAAAGUUUACCAUCGCGUCACUGCUGCUAUUAUCCGCCGUGCUAACCGGGCGCAGCUCACAGGACACGUGGCUGUAGGAGAAAUUUGAAGAAUCUUCAUGCAGCCUUUUUCCAUGCAAUGACAAUUCAUAGUGACCACAGCUGUCAAACUCCAAAAAGGACAUUUAAAUUUAAAUUAAUUUAAACCGACUGAAUACUGUUCACAAGACUCUAGACUGUCAUUUAAGGGUUAAACUUCUGGCGCACCGAGUCACGUGACACAACAACAUGACGUUGAUUGCCAUGAAGCGCUUCUAAGGGCGCAGAGCCAACAAACGUACCUCUGAAUUCAAGGGCACAUGUGGAAGAUUUGAGAUGAAAAGACGUCUUUCUGUGGAGUCCGGCGCUGAGGCAUGUCUUUGAGAGAGUCUCCUUUCUCCGAUGGUAUUUUGGAAGCUCUCCAUGCUGUAGGAUGGGGUCUCAUCUUCCCGUGUUUCUGGUUCCUGGACCGCCUCAUCGCCAACUGCGUCUUCACCACUCUGGAGCGCGAGCAGAGGCGCGAGGAGCUCCUUCCUCUUCAGGUCAUCUUUGGCUCCAUCCUCUUUUUCAUCUUAUUCCUAAUUUCCACACCCUUCGCCCUCUUGGGGUUCGUGCUAUGGGCGCCGCUGCAAGCAGUCCGCAGGCCGUUCUCGUACCACCAACAGGUACCAAUUAUCCCCAUGGAGGACCGGAAUGCCCGGUGGGAGGAGACGGAUAAAGUCAGUUUCGGAUUUGUAUCGGCCAACCUGUGCCUGCUGCCUGAUGGUCUAGCGCGCGUCAACAAUCUCGGACACACGCAGCAACGUGCCGAAAUUAUCGGGCAAAACAUCGUCCAGGGCGUAACUCGCCCUCACAUCCGUAUUUUCGUGGAUUCUCCUAGUAGUUGCGGCACGGUGACGCCAUCCAGCAGUCUGCUUCCACAGGCUGCCCCAUCCACGUAUGGAUCAGUAGACCCCGCCGCAGGACAGGUGGAGGGCGCUGAAUCGGACGGGAAUAUUCCAAACAGUUCCUCAAGGAAUUCCGUUGCAUCUUCCGAAGAACCAGAUGGUUCAAAACCAAACUGCAACCAAAACUCCAACCAGCACGGCAGCCAAGUGCACCGACACCCUCCUCGGGCAUUACGGACGCUGUUCCGAGACAGCGACGUUCCGAUGGAAGUGUCCGCUUUGUUCCCACCCACUGUAGAUAUUGUGUGCCUGGAGGAAGUUUUCGAUAAGAGAGCUGCUUUCAAACUCAUGCGGGCCCUCGGACCACUUUAUGGUCAUGUGAUCUAUGAUGUCGGUGUUUAUGCGUUCCAGCCACCUGGAACCUGCUCCUCUUUCAAGUUCUUUAACAGUGGAUUAUUUGUGGCCAGUCGCUUUCCCGUGAUUGAGGCACGGUACAACUGCUUUCCCAACGGCUGCGGAGAAGAUGCACUGGCCGCCAAAGGCCUGCUCUCUCUAAAGGUGGAAAUAGGGUUGCAAAAAGGAGACAAGAAAAUGGUUGGAUAUUUUAACUGCACUCACCUACAUGCUCCUGAAGGACAUGGAGGGAUACGCUUUGAGCAGCUCAACAUGUUGACUAAAUGGAUCAAUGAGUUUCAAGCAGGGACCAAGAAAGCCGAUGAAAUGGUGAUGUUUGAUGUGCUGUGUGGAGACUUCAACUUCGACAACUGCUCCCCUGAUGACAAUCUGGAGCAAAGACAUGGUCUGUUUGAAGACUACAGAGACCCCUGCAGAGCUGGACCGGGUCAAGAGAAGCCCUGGGUCAUAGGCACCCUGUUGGAACAGCCAACGCUCUAUCAUGAAAACGUGCGGACCCCUGACAACCUGCAGCGAACUUUGGAAAGUGAAGAACUGCGCAGCGGGUAUUUAUCUUCACCGGUCCCCAUGACCGGCGUCCCUAUGGUUUACCCCAAACCUGAUCAACCCUGGGUGGGACGUCGGAUCGAUUAUCUUCUGUAUCGAGAGAACUCCAUCUCCAGUCACUGCAAAACAGAGGUUGAAGAGUUUACAUACGUGACCCAGCUGGCUGGUUUGACGGAUCACAUCCCUGUGGGCUUUAGCCUCUGUGUCACGCUGGGCCCAGAAGAUAUAUGAUGAUAUUGGACCAUGCAUGCUUUUCAGUGGACCAAACUGCUGACACAUCAAAUAAAAUAUCUAUGCUGAAUUAAUUAAAUGCUUUAAAGAUCAAUAAGAGAGGAGAAAGCGAAGAACUUUAAAAUACUUGACAUAUGAGGAGAAAAAUCACAAAUUUUGAAUCACAAUAUGAACAAAGCAAUAUAUAUGACACUCUUUUCUAUGCAUACAAUCAAUCUGUACAGUGCCAGUAAUUUCAGUUACACAUAGUUUAAAUAGGUUUUUUAAUCUGUUACACUUUUUAAGACACUGUUUUAUUUUCAUGACAACACAGAAAUGAUAUUGGACAUAUAUUUUAAUUAAAAAAGUAGAUUUUAGACAUUUGUGUUUCUUCUAAGGUGUUUUUGCAGUUACUUAGUCACUGAGUUUUUGUUAUUAUUAUAGUAUAUAUUAUAUAAUAGUAUAUUAACACUAUAACGCCGUGUGUAUCAAAUAUGAAUCACAACAUUUGACGGCUCCUGUUUCACUCUCUGUUCAAGCUGAUGAGUCAAACAACCAAUGGCAUGUAAGUUUCACAUGUUUAUGGCACCAUCUAGUGGUUAUUGUGAAAAAAAGUGGUUUCAAUGUUUAUAUCGAUCUAUUUAAUAUGGUGGCGGACUUGCACGAAAAGUGACUCUUAUGAUGGGAUAAAUGACAGCUUAUUUUAAUAAAGAAAAAGUGACGGUAA